AUGGCUCUUGCCUAACGCUGCGCCUCUAUGGUUAUUGUUUGGAGCCGCUCUUCCUGUUCCUAGCGCAUGCACUUUGACAGUCUGUCUUACCUCUCUAUGGUUUUAGUCCUCCACGUAAAACACGUGUAGAUGGCUGCCUUGCAGUUCCACGAACUGGGACUAGACGACCGGCUCCUGAAGUCCAUAGCAGAUUUAAGAUGGGCCAAGCCAACUUUGAUCCAGGAGAAAGCCAUACCAUUAGCACUGGAGGGGAAGGACCUGCUUGCCCGUGCCAGGACAGGUUCAGGGAAGACGGCCGCCUAUUCUAUUCCAAUUAUCCAGAAUCUUCUUCAGGGAAAAAUGACGGUAUCGGAACAGGCCAUUCGGGUGUUAAUUUUGGUUCCCACCAAAGAGCUUGGUCAGCAGGUUCAGCAGAUGAUCCGUCAGCUGACUGUGUAUUGCGCACGUGAUAUUAAAGUUGCUGAUAUAUCUGGACAAGCUGACAUCUCUGCUCAGAGACCCAUCCUGAUGGAGAAACCUGACAUUGUAGUCGGGACUCCCUCCAGAGUGCUGACCCACAUGACACAGCAGACAAUCUGCGUGCGGGAUACUUUGCAGGCGCUGGUGAUAGAUGAGGCAGAUCUUCUCUUUUCUUUUGGCUUUGAGGAGGAUUUAAAGAACCUCCUUUGCCAGCUCCCGAAGAUAUUCCAGUCUUUCCUUAUGUCUGCUACGUUCAAUGAGGAUGUUCAGGCCCUAAAAGAACUUGUUCUGCACAAUCCUGUGACUCUUAAACUAGAGGAGUCUCAGCUCCCUGAUUCGUCUCAGCUCACUCAGUAUCACAUCCAGUGUGAGGAAGAGGACAAGUUCCUGCUACUCUACACUUUGCUGAAACUCUCGCUUGUUCGAGGUAAAACCAUCAUCUUUGUGAAUGAGGUUGACAGGAGCUAUCGCCUCAAGCUCUUCCUGGAGCAGUUUAGUAUCCCGGCCUGUGUCCUCAACUCUGAGCUCCCAAUCCAUUCACGGUGUCACAUCAUCAGUCAGUUUAACCAGGGAUUCUACGAUUACAUUAUUGCAACUGAUGAACACUCCCUUGCGGAUCCCUCUGUGAAAGGAAGGAGGGGAGAAGGGAAGAAGAAAGGAGGAAAAGGACAAAAAGGCCAAGAUAAGGAGUACGGCGUAUCCCGGGGCAUUGAUUUCCAGAAUGUGUCCACCGUACUUAACUUUGAUUUCCCCCAGUCUGUUGAUUCCUAUAUACAUCGUGCAGGCAGAACGGCUCGUGCUAACAAUCCUGGCGUAGCUCUUACUUUUGUGGCACACAAUGAGCUCCCCCUUCUGGCUGAAGUUGAGGAUGCACUAGGUGGUGGUGUGCCUGAUGAACAUGUACUGAAGCCAUACCGUUUCUGCAUGGAGGAGGUUGAGGGAUUUCGCUACCGUUGCCGGGAUGCAAUGCGGUCUGUAACCAAACAAGCCAUUAAAGAAGCACGAUUAAAAGAGAUAAAAGAGGAGCUGCUCAACUCGGAAAAACUUAAGACAUAUUUUGAGGAUAACCCCAGAGAUUUCCAACUUUUGCGCCAUGAUAAGCCCUUGCACCCUGCAAUCGUCAAACCGCAUCUCAAAAAUGUCCCAGACUACCUCAUUCCCCCAACCCUGCGUGCGGUUGCUGAUCCUUAUAACAGGAAAAGAAAGAGAAGAAGGCCUAAUGUUGGAAGCUCUGGAUUUCAGGGGACACGGUCAAAGUUCCAAAGGGGACAGAACCCACUACGCAGCUUCAAAUAUGCAAAGGGCAAAAGGAAGGGAAAACCUGAGUAAGAUCUUCUGCUGUGGCCUUUGUGCUCCCUCUGCCAACAGGACCAGUGUGACAAGAAUAUCGGACCCCCCCCCCCCCCCCCGAAAUGCUGGGUGUAAAAUAUGUGCAGUUGUGCCCUGUGUUGCAACAUCCAGGCAUUACAGUAAUGCCCAAUGUUCUUGGAUAAUGUUCACCCUUCUCCAUUUUUUUUGGAAUUCAUUUAUGUCCCACUGCAGCCAACAGCUAGAACAUUCUUUAGAGCAGGAGUCUCCAACCUUUUUUACCCAUGAGCCACAUUCAAAUGUAAAAAAAGUUGAAGAGCAACAUAAGCAUGCAAAAAGCCCCCGAGUUGUAAAAUAUGGGAUGUUACUGGCUAUUGGUAGCCCCUAUGUGGACUGGCAGCCUACAGGAGGCUCUGUUUGGAAGUACAACUUUUUUUAUGCAACAAAAGCUUUCCUUCAAACCUAGAAAUUAAAAAAUAAGCACCUGCUUUUAGGCCACUGGGAGCAACAUACAAGGGGCCGGAGAGCAACAUGUUGCUCACAAACAACUGGUUGUCUUUCUAAAGCAGUGAUCCCCAGAUAAAGCUCAGGCCACCUCCAUCUUCUACACUGUGUGUAAAUACUUAGCUAUUUAUUCCUUCUAGAGAUCGAAUUCUGUGCAGUUCAGUUUCUUUACCUUUUCCAUUGUUCUGGCUUCAUAACAGGGGAGAACAUUUUAACAUUGUCCUUUGUAUCAGUUCUGUCCAACUAGAGGGCUGCAGGCUUCAUAUGGCUCUUUAGGGGGUUUGUGCCCCCAGACUGCCCAGUAACUCAAAAUACUUGUUGUUUUUGUUUGUAAUAUAACACAGAGCCUCAGAUAUAUCGAUGACCAUGUUGAAAAUUUUGGACAACACUGGUUUAUGAUAGCAAAAUGUUCCUUUACAUAGCACAUAAAUGGCUCCUAAAUAUCAACUUCAUUUUGGACAGGCCCAUGGCCAAGUAACUGUUUAUCUCACAGGUGAACCCCAAGCUAAUGCUGGUCAUUGGGUAAAAGGCACAUUGGGCAUAAUAUUAAUGGGCAGGUGCCCUUGACAGCUGGGGGGGGGGUAAUCACACACUUUUUACGUUAUAAGGUCUUUAGCAAAUUUUUAGGCUAAAACAAGAUCAUAUCAAAUUAUUGGUAAGUGUUGCUAAUGACAAUCAUAUAUACAGUGUUAAUAUGGCCUGUCCUGCGCUCCCUUUCAUAUAUAUGGCCCUCUCUCUGCAGGCGAAUCGCUCAAAAGUCUAGCCCUGGGCAACUUUUCUGAUUCACAAAUGCACAGAAUAGGUAUACAUAGAACAUAUUUUUAUAACAAUUGAAUUUGUAUUUUUUUAUUAUAUGUAACUUUGAAAAAGUGUUGUACUUCGUAAUCUUACUGUUCCUUUGAACAGAAAACUGCACCUGAACUUUUGUUGUACAACAUUAGAAGGUUGUGAAGUUAACAGAAGCCUGUUAAUAUCACAAUUUCAGUCCAUAUCAAAAUGUUACAUUCUGCAAACUUCUGACGUUGUUUUACGUAAUCAUGAAAUCUUCAAAAUCUUCUUUUAGAUGAACUGCAUCUAGCCAUUCCUGAUAUUUGUAUUAUAAAGGGUUUAUGGCUCAUCAAAUAUUGUCCAAUAAACCAAUGGGAUUCAA